AUGACUGACAAAAGAGAAUAUGUCUGUAUUCAUUGUAUGCACCCUUGUUCCGAGCUCUACUAUAAGUUCUCGUCAGAAGUCAUUAGGCUGAAAGAGUGUGAAAAUUGUGGUGAGAUCGUGGAUAAAUACAUAGAAUAUGAUAGUGUUCUCAUCGUCAUCGAUUUGAUCAUCCACUACUCCAUGGCCUACAAGCACUUCCUUUACAAUGUGGAAAAGGGGAACUUCUUACGAUUAGCCAUUAUCUUCUGUUUCUGUGAAGCCUAUGAUAAGUGGAUAACUGAGAGAGCAAGUCUAUUAGACGCCAAGAAAGUAUAUGAUUUAGAAUGGAUAUUUUACAAAAGCUUGAUUCAAAGUUCCACGGAGUUCGUUGUGUUCACUUUCAUCACUUGGCUUGUUGACAGGAUCUCCAGCAAACCUAGGAGUGUUCGUUUCAUCGCUGAAUCGACCAUAAUUGGAUAUUACGGUAACGUUGCUGUGGUGCUAUCCAUCAUCUUUCGAUUGAGUAAUGAGUUCUCUUAUCGUUUCGGAACACAAGUUUUUCUCCUGAUUUCCCACAUACAAGUGCAACGAGCUCUUUUCCCAAAAUUCGGCUUUGUCACUAAUAUUCUGAUUGUUCUGGUAGCUAUGGGCAUAUCCAGUUAUACAGGAGACCUUGUAAAAAUAUUUUUCAAAUCAAUUGAUUCUUAG